AUGAACACAGCCCUGACCACUCAUGCUGCCAGCUUCAUGGGUGUUGUUGGAAUUCCAACAAGUAAUGAAAAAGCGGGACAGCAAUAUCAUGCGGUAGCAGUAACUUCCUUAUCAUCGGACAAUGUCAUUGGUUCAUUUCGUUCUGAUGAUGAUAGCAUGCCGAUGAUGAAAACAGCAAUUAGAAGAAAUGAAAUGAAGAAGGAAACUUUUUCAAAAAAGAAGGAGGAAAAACCUGCUAUAGUAGUAGCAGAUACUACCAACAAUACUGUUACUCACAAAAUCACCAACAAGAAAAUAUUUUUCAACAAUUAUCGUGAUGGCACAACCCCAAUGAAAAUUGUACAAUGGAUGUUUCUUGUGGUCAUGACCAUCCUUGUGUUGUUGAGUGCUUGCUCAGUGUUGAUGCGUUUGGAAAAUCAUCAUGAUGAACCCACCUCGUCCUCGUCCUCGCUAUCGGAUAUUCAUUCUGACACAUUUAUAUUUGUUAACGGUGCUCGUCUUUUUGUUAGCCACAGAACAAGUCUUUUCAAUAUCAAAGAUAUGAUGAAUGAAGGCACCGGUGGUAGCAGUACUGAAAUUCCAGAGAUGUGUGUCGAUUAUGUAAAGAAUCAUUCAAACUCUACUCACACCACAGAAGAAGGAGAACAUUUGGAAUUGUGGCAAUACAUUGUCUAUUCCAUUUUAAGUAUGAUAUUUAUUUGCGGUGCUGGUCUCAUGUCUGGCUUCAAUUUAGGUCUACUCUCCAUUGACACCAUGCAAUUGGAUAUUCUCAAAAAAACAGGUACAGAACGAGAAAAGAAAUAUGCAGCACGUUUGGCACCAAUUUUAAAGAAUCACCACUUGUUAUUGGUUACAUUACUAUUGUGGAAUGCCGUAUGUGUCGAGUGUUUGCCCUUGUUUUUAGACAAGAUUGUACCCGAGUAUGUUGCAAUUAUUUUGGGUAUUACGGCCGUCUUGUUCUUUGGUGAAAUUAUUCCUCAAGCUGUGAUUACAAGAUAUGGUAUUGCCAUUGGAGGUACCUUUUAUUGGUUUGUGUGGAUUUUGAUUGCUGGUGCGUUUGUUGUUGCAUGGCCUGUAGGUAAAUUACUGGAUUGGAUUCUUGGAGCAGAUCAUGGAACCUUUUUCAAGAGAACAGAAUUGAAGGAGCUUGUCAAUAUUCACCUCAAAACUCACGACCCUAAAUAUCACCUCACUGAACACGAAGCAAAAAUUUUGGGAGGUGCCUUGGAUUUUGCUCGAACAUCCGUAAGCCAAAUCAUGACAAGAGUUGAAAAUGCCUACAUGUUGGACGUGGACGGUAAACUCGAUGUGGACAGCAUGACCAGCAUUUGGCAAGCAGGUCACUCACGUAUUCCAGUCUAUAAGGGAAAUAAGAAUAAUAUUAUUGGUAUGCUCUAUGUGAAGGACCUUGUGUUGAUUAAUCCAGAAGAGUCUUUACCGCUCUCUACUGUUCUCACAUUCUACGGAAGAGAAGUGCUCAAGGUUUUUCCAGACACAUAUUGCGAUGAAAUGUUGAAAAUUUUCAAAUCUGGUAAAACACACAUGGCCAUUGUUCACGAGCCAAGGGAACCUGAAAGCGGAGGAGAUCCCUACUAUGCCAUUGUUGGUAUUGUGACACUUGAAGACAUUAUUGAGGAAAUUAUUAAGGAUGAAAUUGUCGAUGAAACAGAUAUUUAUGUGGACAAUACCUCACUCUCUAAAAUUAAUCGCCCUCAAAAUAGUAUUCUUCUCAAACUUGAGAGAAUUCACAGACUCACUCCAAAACAAGUGCUUGCUGUCAGCUCGUACUUGAUAAAAAGCUCACCCAUCUUUAGAACACUACCAGAAGAUUGUCUUCAUAAAUUAUUGGGUAAAUGUGCUGUGAUAGACUUUAAAAAGACACCAGAUCGUGAAAUUUUCAUCACAGAAAAGGGAAAGGAAUGUGAUUACUUUACAUUGGUUUUGAGUGGUAAAAUUGAAAUUUUAUUUGGAGAGGAUAAGUUUGUCUCAGAGAUGGGUCCUUGGAGUUUAUUGGGAGAGCGUGCAUUAACCAAAGAGAAAUUCAUUCCUGAUUUUGAUGCUCGUAUUGCAAAGGAUACUUCCAUUGUCAAAAUUUCCAAGAAAGACUUUAUUGAAAUUAUUGCCCAAGCCAUCACUCAAGAUUCAACAUUACCUCAUGAAUUGGAAUGGAUGAGUCCAUAUCUUACAAAUUUGAAACAAUUACCGCCAGCAUCUCCUCACAAUUUCAGAAUUACCAAACCACCUGUCACUAUGGGUUCCACUACUGCAGCCACAUCAACAAUGACGAUCACGAAUGAAAGUGGAAAUACAAUUCCAGUCAGCAAUACAGUAUCACAGACUGGACACUCUGUUGUUCAAAAAUCCUUGACAAGUACCAGCAGCAGUAAUCAUGAAGUGGAUCAAUUGUUGUUGAGCUCUGCUUCAUCGAGAGAUGAUUUGGCAUCGACACCCUCUGCAGUAGUUGUGGAUAUUGAUGAGCAUGACAAGGGAUUCUUCUCGAAAGAUUCGUAUAAAGCUCUUCAACAAGACGAGGAUGACAUGGUAUAA